AUGAUUGCCGGCGCCAGCAUGAACGUGGCCGCCGGAGUUGGAACGGCUGCUACGACCACUAUGCGAACGCGGCGCUUCUUGGAGGCUGUGAACCGAGAAUACUUCGCGCCUCGUGGUCUGAAAGCUUCGAUUUGCAAGAACAGACAGUUGGAAGAGAAGAUUGGCUGCAAUGUGCACAUGCCAUCGUCGGCAGUGCUAGGAAGCAGCUCCCGGCCUCGAACAGCUGGAUACCGCCGUUUGCAAUCACUCAUGCCGUAUAUCGCACCGCUUUCAUUCAACGUUCCGCCGCCGAUAGAGCAGCGAAGUGCUCUCGAUAGAAUGGCUGCGAAGCAGAUCGAACGGCGGCUCAAGAAGAAAGAAGAAAAGGGCUACAGCUCAGACUCAAGCUCUAGUUCAGAGUCCAGCAUCAGCUCCAACAAAGAGUCCGCCCUGGUAUCUCAUGAUGAGGUCAACGGCAAACAAAAGAGAAGAGCGGAUAAAGCGGAGCGCAAACGAGCAAAGAAAGAAGAGAAGAAGGCGCGAAAGGAAGAGCGGAGAUCUAGGAAGCGGGACCGGAAAGGGGCCAAAGCUCAUGUUAAGGAGGGUAAGAAGUUGGAGAAAGAACAGGAGAUGGUCGAGAAGAUGGAGUAUAUCAUCAUUGAGUCGCUGAAUGAGGGGAUGUAG